AUGUCUUCCCGGGCAAGGAAGGCUGCCAUCGACUAUGCUGAAUGGGAACGUGUAAGACCCAUCAUCCAUCAGCUUUAUCUGGUGGACGGCAAAACCCAGAGAGAUACACUCAAGAUUCUCAGCGAUUACCACGGCUUCAGCCCAAGCAAAGCCCAGUUGGAGAGAAAACUCAAACAGUGGCGCAUGGUCAGAAACAUCACAGGACCGGAGUGGAAGUACGUGGACAGAGUCAUACGUCAGAGGCAAUCCCGUGGCAAAAGCAGCCAGCUGUAUCUUUCCGGCAUACCACUGCGACCCGCGGCCGUCGAAAAGGCGAGGUCUCGUCAUUGUUAUGAGACUGCUAUCGAGAAAUGCAAGCCAACCAUUUUCAUCUACUUCAACUUCAUACUUAUAAUGUUAACUGCUGCCACUACUGCCACUACUGCCGCUGCUAACGCGUAUGAGAUCUUGGGUGCCCCACGCCUCCGGAUCUCGACGCAGAUCGCGGAGGCUCUGAUAACUGACCCGCCUCUGAAUCCCACGAUUAACGACCUCUAUCCCAUCGUCGUUGGCAGUCGGAAGUUUGUUCUUGAGGAACAAUUAUCGCGAAGGCGUGGCCGUGGCCGCUCUAGCUGGAUCCGAGAGCAUGGUGAGUUCCUCGUCGAGAUUAUUCAGGGUCGUGCCGGCACGUCCUUUUGGAGUUGUCGACGAUGCGACGCAAAGGGGUCUCCCCGUCUGUUUGGCGCUGCCGCUACCUCUGCGCCCCAAGAGCACUUACUUCGUGGCCACAACGUCUGCAGGAUCUCUGCGCAGUCAGAUGAGGACUCUGACGGUUGCACCCUCGUCACCUCAUCCCCUCCGUACAAACGACCCCGCCCUAACAGCAACAUCCCGAAGUCCAAGAUCAUGACGAUGAGGGACCUCUGCGUGGCCUCCGUCGUCUCUGCUGAUCUCCCAUUCGUCCACUUCGAGAACACCUACGUGCAGCAGAUGUUUCGGUACCAUAGUAUGGAGGUCGCCGGGGAGAUCCCGUGGGGCCGGACGGCGAUUCGGGACCGUCUUGAUGACUUCUGCCAGCGCGGAGAGGCUCUCGUGAAGUCUGAACUUCACUCUGCGGCCUCAAAGAUACACCUUUCAUUCGAUCUAUGGUCGUCACCGAAUAUCUACGCCUUUAUGGCAGUCACUGGCCAUUUCAUCCAUGCUGACGGUACCACGCAGUCCCGUCUCUUGGCCUUCCCGCAGCACCACGGCAACCACUCCGGCCGCAGCCUCUCGCAGACCCUCAUCGACGUUGUCGACCGGUAUGACCUCCGUGCCCGGGUCGGCGUAACGGUCUCCGACAACGCUACGAACAACGACACUUGCCUCCAGGCCUUCUACCAGACCAUCUCUCCAGAGAUGAUGGUGGACGACGUCAAGGCCCGGCGUAUGCGCUGCUACGGCCACAUGCUGAACCUCGCUGCCCGGGCCUUCCUGUUUGGCGCCGAUAAGGAGACUCUGGAGGCGGAGUCGGACUUCUUCCGGCUUUGCGAUCGAUAUGACGAUGACCUGGAGCUUUGGCGGAGGCUUGGGCCCGUGGGCCGGCUCCGGAACAUCGUCAAGUUCGUUAGGUCCUCUCCACAGCGAACGGAGCGGUACCGGAAGGCUGCAGCGGAGGUUGACGGAGACUCCGACUUCCGGAUCUUCUCUAAGUCACGCCGGGAGGCCCAACUUAUACUGAACAACGACACUCGAUGGAACAGUACGUAUCUCAUAAUCGAGAGGGCUGUGAAGAAGAAGGCAGAGAUUCAGGCAUUUUUAUUGGCUAACAACGACGACGACGACGUUGCCCAGCAUAUCCCAGAGAAGGAUCUACUCUCUGGCGAGGAUUGGAAGGUUCUCGCAGAGAUCGGGAUGAUCCUUGAACCCUUCUAUCGCCAGACGAAGCGGUGUGAGGGCUGGGGUAUUGAUGAUGGGCAUGGUCGACUCUGGGAGGUUACGAUGGGUAUCGAAUACCUUCUCUCGCAUCUUGUCGACUGGAAGAUCUAUUAUAACGCCAGCAUAUCUCCCAGUAUCAGCAAUGAUGAUGAGGGUGACUCUCAGCAGUCGCAGCAAUCUCAGAAGCGUGCCGGCCGGGCACAACGACGCCGUCAGCACAACCUCCAAGCCCUACCUGAUCAUGUACGCAAGGACUGGGCAUCGCCAGCCUCUCGAUCUGCCUCCCGAUUUGAGUCUCUCGAUGAGGAGUGGCAGACCUUCCUCCGCAGCAGCGUUGAACAAGCGUGGCAGAAGCUCUUUACCUAUUAUGAGAAGCUUGGGGACUCCCCACUCUUCUCUGAGUACUUCGAUUGGUGGUAUUGUGAGCCUGCCGAGGUCUUCCCCUCCAGCUGGCAGGCCGGCAUACUGCCCGUUGAUCCCGGGGCCGGGGACGGAGAGGAUGUGCACUACCGGCAGUGGGUCAACAGCCGGCGCCGGCAGACGCCGCCCAGGACGGAUGAGCUCGAUCUCUACCUUCGUCAGCCUCCGGAGGCUACGUCUGAUCCCGUCCGGUGGUGGAGGGACCAUGCGGAGACGUUCCCGGCACUCUCCCGGCUUGCCCUCGACGUCUUCGCAGUGCCGGCGAUGGCGACGGACUGCGAGAGGGCUUUUAGCACUGCUAAAUUAACCCUUACCUCUCAGAGGCUCUCAAUGCUGCCGGGCACUAUAGAGACCAUCCAGCUCAGCAAAAACUGGCUGCGGAGAGGCGUCCUUUCGCCUGUGAACUUCGGGUUAUUGUCACCAUGA